AUGGUCAGUAAAAUAUACAGUGAUUUUGCCCAGAUGUAUUUGCUGUUUCUUGAUGACAAUGAAUCUGAUAAUGAACUUGUGAAGUAUCUUGACUCGUGUAGAUAUCUACACAAGAGAAAGAACAACAUCUCAAAACUGGUAACAAAAGAUAAGAAAAUUGAUUUCCUGGAUUCUAUGAAUGAAGAUGAUUUUCUAAAAGAAGUCAGAAUGAGCAAGAUAUCAUUUAAAAAGCUUUGCAAUAUACUCACUAUUGUUCUUGAGCAAUUGAGAUCAAAUGGCAAAGAUGUAUCAUAUAGUCAAAUUGUCAGAAGAUCUGGUGGUAGAAAAAACCUAAAAAGUGUUGUUGGAAAUAACAAAACUGAAUAUUUUUUUCUGUUUACACUAGGAAAUAGCAGGAUUUACAUCUCCGAUCUCGUAACAAGUUACGAGUUUGUAACUUAUGCUAUUUAA